AUGGAUACAAACAUUCAAUAUUUACUUCUGGCUCUUGCACUGACCUCAGUGCAAAUAUCGUUUACUGAGAGCCGUCUAAAUGAAAAACGCAGGGAUAAAACUGAAAGACGAUAUCAUUCUGUUCAAGCUAAAGACAACAUGUGCGAAAUUACUAACAGAGAAUCCAAAGUACAUUGCUAUUGUGAAAAUACUGAGGUUAAAACUGCGACUAGAGCAGACUGCUGGGUAUUUAAUGGCGGUAUCGAUGAAACCGACCCAAUUUGGUCGAGCUUCAACUCCCAACCGCAUCUAGAAAGAUUAACAUUCAAUCUUUUUAUACAUUACGCGACCUUGAAUAAAAUCGGAAAAGAUUCUUUUAGAAAUAUGUCAACGCUGAGAGAAAUAACUUUAAUGAAUGAUAAAAUCAUGGAGCUAGAUUUUUCCGCAUUUUCGAGUCUCCCUGCACUCGUAAAUCUGACAAUAAAAGGAAAUAAAGUAACCGAGAUACAGCGGGAUGUUUUCGUCGAUUUGCCGAGUCUAAAAUAUCUCGAUCUGUCGUUUAACAGCAUUAGUCUGGCUCACGAUGGAUGUUUUGAACAUUUGAAUGUACUAAACGAUCUCGUACUAGAAGCGAAUUUAAUAUCGGUAUUAACUAAAGAUACUUUCAAGGGUUUGGCUAAUUUGACAAGAUUAGAUUUAAGAUCCAAUAAAAUGUCUAUGGUUGGCGAUCUUACGUUUUCAGAAUUAUGGAAUCUGAACGAACUCCUGUUAGAUAAUAAUGAAUUAAAAUAUUUAUCUGAAAGGGCUUUUGAUGGACUAGCCAUGCUUCAAAAACUAUCAAUGACAGGAAAUAAAUUGCAAACCAUUAACGAAGGGCUCUUGGAAGGCGUAAGAGGGUUAGAAUUAUUGGAUUUAAGGAACAAUGAGAUUGAAUUGUUCACUUACGAAACAAUCAAACCUAUUCUGGAAAAUUUAAAAAUGAAGACGUCAGUUCUCUAUUUGAGUGGCAAUGACUUCAGAUGUGAUUGUCGUUUAUCGUGGAUACAAGUUUUAAGAAAUGAAACCAAAAGUGAACCACUUCGAACUGCUCUCGACGAAAUCACCUGUUCCUUUAUAACUGUCAAUAAAGCUACACCUAAAACAAAUUUAGAGAAUAGUGUGAAAAUUCUUCAUCCAUUCAAAACAGAAGCGAACAUUGACGUAAUUCAACAAAAUGAUAAUGACGAAGAUGGUUCUAGUGACAUAAGUUCACAAUAUAAAUUUGAAACCACUACAAAACUCUUUGCUAAUGAAGUCAUUUUAGUAGACAUCCCCCCUGAAACAUUAUCCUGUCCAGGUGAACUAGUAGCAACAGGCGAAGACUCGCUAAUGCUUUCAUCGAAAGAUGAGAGUUAUUGGCAUUCAAAUUCAUGUAUGAAAACCUUGUCAAGUUUUCUAAUGAUGCUUACGUUGGUCAUAAUGUACACUAUUCGUUGA